UGUUACAGCUUUUAUUGUAUGUAGGGGCACUUCCAUCAAACUUAUCAACACUCUUACAUAUACCCUACACUAUGAUUUUCUAUCACAUUAUCAAGUGGGCAGCCAAGAUUGAUCCCACCCACUCUACUAUUAAUAAAAUUCUCACCUAACCAAACGGUGCAAACUCUUAUAUUAUACUAUAUUCAUCCCGGCCCCCGACCUCCACGCUACUCACCAGAGAUCAACGCUUCCAUCAACGAUGACCGACGAAAACCGCUGCCUGCACGUAGUAGUAUUCCCAUGGCUAGCCUUCGGUCACAUGCUCCCAUACCUGGAACUCUCCAAAUCCUUAGCCGAAAAAGGCCACAGAAUCUCCUUCAUCACCACCCCAAGAAACCUCCGAAGACUCCCCAGACCCCCCUCACAAAUCUCAGACCUCAUCCACUUCGUCCCUCUCCCCCUCCCUCAAGUCGACGGCCUGCCCACCGACGCCGAGGCCACGUCAGAUCUCCCUGCUGACCGCGUCGAGUACCUCAAGCUCGCCUUCGACCGCCUCGAGCGACCCUUUCGCCAAUUCAUCCAACAAACCUCCCCAAAACCCGACUGGAUCAUCCAAGACUUCGCGCAUCACUGGGUCCGCCAUACGCGGCUGCAGGCUUCGCGUGCCCGUCGUUUUCCUGUCCAUUUUCAUGACGAGCUUCCUCGUUUUUCUUCGGCCGCCGUCGAAGUUGGGCCUGUGAUUCCCGUGGGUCUACUUCCGCCUCCGGAAAUGAAAGGAAGCGAGGGGAGUGAGGGAGCCGACAUCCUGGGUUGGCUCGACAAGCAGAAACCAAGAUCCGCUGUGUACAUUGCUUUCGGGAGCGAAGCUACUCUGAGUCCCGACAUGCUGCAUCAACUAGCUCUCGGACUUGAGAUGUCGAAACUGCCGUUUGUCUGGGCGCUUAAAGAGCUCGCCAACGCAUCGGCUGACGAACCGAAGUUCUGCCGGAGAGCAUUCGAAGAGAGGGGUUUGAGGAUACUGGCCCAUGAAUCGAUCGGAGGAUUCCUGACGCAUUCGGGCUGGAGUUCGGUGAUUAUGAGUCUGCAGUUCGGGCAUCCGCUUGUCCUGCUGCCCAUAUUUUCUGACCAGGGGAUUAACGCGAGGGUCAUUAUGGAGAAAGGGGUUGCGGUUGAGAUUGAGAGAGACGAGGAGGACGGGUCUUUUACUAAAGAAGCUGUUGCUAGAGCUCUGAGGUUGGUCGUGACAGAGGAGGAGGGGGGGUCGAUUAGGAGGAGAGCUGAGGAGUUGAGAGAGGUGUUUAUUGAUAAAGACCGACAGGAGAAGUAUGUGGAUGAUUUUGUGAAGUAUCUGCAGGAGAAUAGAGAAGGGGGGCAUUGAAAAGGUUUGAAUUAGUGAAUGUUUGAUGCUUGGUGGUUCUUAGUAGUUUAUAUUUUGAUUAUUUAAGGGUGCAUUCCGCCGCGGAUAGUACUCUUGGUACUUGUUUUCAAGCUAUUUGUAUUUGUGGCUGUAAUGUUCCUUAAUAAAUGAAUCUUUAAAGAAACUUUUGUUUUCA